AUGUCGAUCGCGAUGCAGAAAGUCACGGUGAAUUGUGAUAUGGGCGAGGGGAUGGGGCACUGGAAGAUGGGAGACGACGAGGCCCUCAUGCCCAUGACCGAUCUUGCGAACAUCGCCUGCGGCUUCCACGCCGGAGAUCCAUCCAUGAUGCUGAAGACUGUUCGGCUGGCCAAAAAGUACAACAAACUUGUGGGAGCACACCCCGGCCUGCCCGACAAGGAAGGCUUCGGUCGUCGUUACAUGGACAUUGCUCCCGAGGAUAUGUACUGCCAGACCUUGUAUCAGGUCGGCUCGCUGAAGGCCAUGCUCGACUCAGAGGGCAUGACACUCCACCAUAUCAAGCCCCAUGGGAGGCUAUAUCGCAUGAUCAAGGAUAAUCCCGACAAGGGAGACGCUUGCAUGCGCGCAAUCAAGACGUUCGGAGUGCCCUUCAUUGGUCUCCCCGGGACUGCGCAUGAGGAACUGUGCAAGAAGCACUGUAUUGAAUUCAUUCCCGAGUUCUUCCCAGAUCUCUGGUACGAUGAGGAGGGUCAGACAGUGCCCAUAUUAUCCGCAGGCAGGGUGCCUCUUCCCGACAUUAAGGGCAAAGUUGGCAAGGUGAUAUCGACGGAGAUGGUGACUGCCAUCACCGGUAAAGAAGCCAAAGUGCCAUUCGACGGGCGUCCCUUCACCUGUUGCAUCCACAGUGAUUUGCCUGGCGCUGUUGAAGCCAUGACCGAUGUCCGUGGCGCGGUUGACAAUGCGGCUGCAAAUGCUUGA